CUCCCUAUAUACUCGCAAUCAUGUCAAAAUUCUUAGUAUUUUAUAGCAUCGAGAGUAGUCUCUUGCAGCCCAGUAACCAUGUAUCGAAGGUGGUAAACGUUCGGGGCCUUACACACUCACUAGGUACGCUCCACAAGAGGCGCACCAACUUCUCGCCAGAGCUGGAAAAAACCCUUCACUCGGAGAACAAUUAUAGGAGCAUUAAACAGCUCGCCUGUUACGUGCGAGAGCACAGUAAAUGGUUUAGAAAAAAUGACAAAUUCAACCUCAAUUACUUCAACUAUCUGCUCUUGGAUCCGCGAGUAACAAACAAGCUGAGCGAGCGGGCGGGUCAUCUACACAAGAUGGACGUGUGGUAUACCUUCCUGCGCUCCAUAUUCUACGUUGGCAAGGGCAAGGCUCUGCGUCCGUUGGUUCAUCUCAAGCAGGCCAAGCAAGUGCUGCAAAAUAACCACGAAGUAACGCUGGCCAAGGACCCAAAGUUGGCGCUAAUCGUGUCGAUCUGGAAAGCAGAGCGUGGUGUCUUGCUGCUGCCUGCAUUCCGGGGUAUAUCGUCGCAUGAUGCGCAGACCCGUGAGGCAUCCAUGAUUGAUGCACUUGGCAUGAAUCACUUGGCCAACAGGCGGUUGGGCGUCUACUGGGGUCCGGCCAAAGACAAGUUUACGAGAAAGCAGCGAAAGUACAUGGGGAUAGCAUUGCUGUACAAGCUAAUGCUCCGCUUUCUGGCCACCGAUGAAAAGGAGUUGUUCCCGGACGUUGACAAAAAAUCACUCAUCUUCAAAUCUGCAAUGACUUCUUAAAACUUUUCCAAAUACAAGUGACACAAUUAUA